CGCCGCCCCCCGCCCGGUCCCCGGCACCGGCCGCACCAUGCGGAGCGCCCGGGCGCUGCUGCUCGCUCUCGCCCUGCGGGUCUACGCUCUGGACACCGAGACGCCCGCCGCUGGCUGCACCUUCGAAGAGGACAGUGACCCCAACCAGUGCGAGUACAGCCAGGGUGAGGAUGAUGACUUCGACUGGGAGCUCAUCCGCAGUUAUCUGAUGCCUCACCUGACGCCUGACCUGCCUCACGGCUCCUACCUGAUGGUGAACUCCUCUCAGCACACCCCAGGCCAGAAAGCUCACCUGCUCUUCCAGGCCCUGAGUGAGAAUGACACCCACUGUCUCCAGUUCAGCUACUUCAUGUUCAGCCGGGACGGCCACAGCCCCGGCACCCUCAGCGCCUACGUGCGGGUCACCGGGGGCCUGGUGGGCAGCGCCGUGUGGAACGCGUCCGGCUCGCACGGCCGCCAGUGGCACCAGGCAGAGCUGGCAGUCAGCCUCUUCUGGCCCAGCGAGUAUCAGGUGCUCUUCGAGGCGGUGGUUUCCAGCGAGCGCAGGGGGUACCUGGGCCUGGAUGACAUUUUGCUCCUGAAUUAUCCAUGCUCGAAAGCGCCCCAUUUCUCCCGCCUUGGUGACGUGGAGGUGAAUGCGGGACAAAACGCCACCUUCCAGUGUGUGGCAGCUGGCAAGGCUGCCGAGGCUGAGCGCUUCCUCAUGCAGAGGCAGAGUGGUGAACUGGUCCCGGCUGCCUCAGUGAAGCACAUCAGCCACCGGCGCUUCCUGGCCACGUUCCAGCUGGAUGCGGUGUCCAAGGCGGAGCAGGACCUGUACCGCUGCGUCACCCAGUCCGCGCGCGGCGCCGGCGUUUCCAACUUCGCUGAGCUCAUCGUCAAAGAGCCCCCCACCCCUAUCGCCCCCCCCCAGCUGCUCCGGGCCGGCUCCACCUACCUCAUCAUCCAGCUCAACACCAACUCCAUCAUCGGCGACGGCCCCAUCGUGCGCAAGGAGAUCGAGUACCGCAUGACCUCGGGGCCCUGGUCAGAGGUCCACGCUGUCAACAUGCAGACCUACAAGCUCUGGCACCUGGACCCUGACACAGAGUACGAGAUCAGCGUCCUGCUCACCCGGCCCGGCGAGGGGGGCACCGGCAAACCGGGGCCGCCCCUCAUCAGCCGCACCAAGUGCGCAGAGCCCAUGCGAGCCCCCAAAGGCCUGGCUUUCUCUGAGAUCCAGUCCAGGCAGCUGACGUUGCAGUGGGAGCCGCUGGGCUACAACCUGACCCGCUGCCACACGUACACCAUGUCCCUGUGCUACCGCUACUUCGUGGGCAGCGGCCACAACCAGACCUUCCAGGAGUGUGUGAAGAUGGAGCGGAAUGCCCACCGCUACACCAUCAAAAACCUGCUGCCCUACAAAAACAUCCACGUCAAGCUCAUCCUCUCCAACCCUGAGGGGCGCAAGGAGGGCAAGGAGGUGAUAUUCCAGACAGAUGAGGAUGUGCCUGGCGGCAUCGCCUCUGAGUCCCUCACCUUCACCCCGCUGGAGGACAUGAUAUUCCUGAAGUGGGAGGAACCAGUGGAGCCCAAUGGCCUCAUCACGCAGUAUGAGAUCAGCUACCAGAGCAUUGAGUCCUCAGACCCUGCGGUGAACGUGCCGGGCCCGCGGCGCACCGUGUCCAAGCUGCGUAACGAGACCUACCACGUGUUCUCCAACCUCCACCCCGGCACCACCUACCUGUUCUCGGUGCGGGCCCGCACUGGCAAGGGCUUUGGCCAGACGGCACUCACCGAGAUCACCACCAACAUCUCUGCUCCCACCUUUGACUAUGGGGACAUGCCAUCUCCGCUGAGCGAGUCGGAGAGCACCAUCACGGUACUGCUGCGGCCGGCGCAGGGCAGAGGGGCUCCCAUCAGCACCUAUCAGGUGAUUGUGGAGGAGGACCGGCCCAAGAAGCUGAAGCGGGAGCUGGGGGGGCAGGAGUGCUUCCCAGUGCCGCUCACCUUCGACGAUGCCGUGUCCCGCGGCUCCGUGCACUACUUCGGGGCAGAGCUGCCUGCCAGCAGCCUCACCGAGGCCAAGCCCUUCACCGUGGGGGACAACCAGACCUACAGCGGCUACUGGAACCCACCCCUGGAGCCCAAGAAGGCCUAUCUCAUCUACUUCCAGGCCAUGAGCAACCUCAAAGGGGAAACGCGGCUGAACUGUGUCCGGAUCGCUCGCAAAGCUGCCUGCAAAGAGAGCAAGCGUCCCCUGGAGGUGUCACAGCACUCGGAGGAGAUGGGCCUGAUCCUGGGGAUCUGUGCUGGGGGGCUCAUCGUCCUGAUUAUCCUGCUGGGAGCCAUCAUCAUCGCCAUUCGGAAAGGGAGGAACUACUAUUCUUACUCCUAUUACCCGAAACCGGUGAAUAUGACCAAAGCCACCAUAAACUACCGGCACGAGAAGACGCAGAUGAUGAGCGCCAUCGACAGGAGCUUCACCGACCAGAGCACCCUGCAGGAGGACGAGCGCCUGGGGCUGUCCUUCAUGGACACCCACGGCUACGGAAACAGAGGUGACCAGCGCAGCAGCGUGGUGAAUGAGUCCAGCAGCCUCCUGGGGGGCUCCCCGCGGCGCCAGUGCGGCCGCAAGGGCUCCCCGUACCACACCGGGCAGCUGCACCCGGCCGUGCGCGUGGCCGACCUCCUGCAGCACAUCAACCAGAUGAAGACAGCGGAGGGCUACGGCUUCAAGCAGGAAUACGAGAGUUUCUUUGAAGGCUGGGAUGCUUCGAAGAAGAAAGACAAGACCAAAGGGAGACAGGAUCAUGUGUCCACAUAUGACCGUCACCGCGUCAAGCUGCACCCGCUGCUGGGGGACCCCAACUCCGACUACAUCAACGCCAACUACAUCGACAUUCGGAUUAACCGAGAAGGCUACCACAGGUCCAACCACUUCAUAGCCACACAAGGGCCCAAGCAGGAGAUGGUGUAUGACUUCUGGCGCAUGGUGUGGCAGGAACACUGUUCCAGCAUCGUGAUGAUCACCAAGCUGGUGGAGGUGGGCCGGGUGAAAUGCUCCAAGUACUGGCCAGAUGACUCUGAGAUGUAUGGGGACAUCAAGAUCACCCUGGUGGAGUCAGAGACAUUGGCUGAGUACGCUGUGCGCACCUUCGCCCUCGAGAGGCGGGGUUACUCGGCCCGGCACGAGGUGAAGCAGUUCCAUUUCAUGUCGUGGCCCGAGCACGGUGUCCCCUACCACGCCACAGGGCUGCUGGCCUUCAUCCGCAGGGUGAAGGCAUCCACGCCGCCCGACGCCGGCCCCAUCGUCAUCCACUGCAGCGCUGGCACGGGGAGGACUGGCUGUUACAUCGUCCUGGAUGUGAUGUUGGACAUGGCCGAGUGUGAGGGCGUCGUGGACAUCUACAACUGCGUGAAGACCCUCUGCUCACGGAGGAUCAACAUGAUACAGACGGAGGAGCAGUACAUCUUCAUCCAUGACGCCAUCCUGGAGGCCUGUCUGUGUGGGGAGACCAGCAUCCCCGCCAGCGAGUUCAAGCCCACCUACAAGGAGAUGGUAAGGAUAGAGCCACAGAGCAACUCCUCGCAGCUGCGGGAGGAGUUCCAGACGCUGAACUCGGUGACCCCACACCUGGACGUGGAGGAGUGCAGCAUCGCGCUCCUGCCCCGCAACCGGGAGCGCAACCGCAGCAUGGACGUCCUGCCGCCCGACCGAUGCCUUCCCUUCCUCAUCUCUGUGGAUGGAGACAGCAACAACUACAUCAACGCGGCCUUAACUGACAGCUACACCAAGAGCGCUGCCUUCAUCGUCACCCUGCACCCGCUGCAGAACACCACCACCGACUUCUGGCGGCUGGUGUACGACUACGGCUGCACCUCCAUCGUCAUGCUCAACCAGCUCAACCAGUCCAACUCUGCCUGGCCCUGCCUGCAGUACUGGCCUGAGCCAGGGCUCCAGCAGUAUGGCCCCAUAGAGGUGGAAUACAUUUCAGGAGUGGCGGAUGAGGACAUCGUGUCCCGGCUCUUCCGAGUCCAGAACAUCACACGGUUGCAGGAGGGGCACCUGAUGGUCCGGCAUUUCCAGUACCUGCGCUGGUCAGCCUAUCGAGACACCCCUGACUCCAAGAAGUCUUUCCUGCACCUCCUGGCCCAGGUGGAGAGGUGGCAGAAGGAAAGUGGUGAUGGCAGGACUGUGGUGCACUGCUUGAAUGGAGGUGGCCGGAGUGGCACCUUCUGUGCCUCCACCAUGAUCCUGGAGAUGAUCAAGUGUCACAACAUGGCAGAUGUUUUCUUUGCUGCCAAGACGCUCCGCAACUACAAACCAAAUAUGGUGGAGACCUUGGAGCAGUACCAUUUCUGCUACGACAUAGCACUGGAAUACCUGGAGUCCCUGGAGACCAGAUAGCACCUGGCCAUGAGAGGGGCAGCAAGGGCUUGUGCAGGGGCCAUGCCAACCGUGCUUCCCAGCUGGACACUGUGUCCCUGCUUGGGGUGGGGAGGGAAACAGCAAAGGACCCACCAGGAAACUCUUUGGAUCCAGAAAACGAAAGGAGGUGGAGAUGUGUUGGCCGCUCUCCAUCUUUCGUCCCUGCCCUGGGUGUGUCUGAGUGGGUGGAUCCCACAUCUCAUCCUGUUCCUUGGAAUCACAGCCUGGGGUUGCUGUGUGCAGGAUGCAGCCCUGCCCUGCUGGUGGGUCUCUGAAGCUGCUGGAGAGGAGGCCAGGGAGGGAAGGAAGAGGAGGCCAGAAGGAGCUGAGGCUGUUUCCCAGCAGGGAAGGAAGGAUGGAUACUGGGAGUUGUUGCUCUUUUGUGUGUGCAAUUGAAGCUGCUCCUCAAGGAGCCUGGAAAUUGCUGGAUGUUUCCCCUCGGUGGGACUCGCUCUGAGCCGGAGCAAAGACACCCCAGGAGCUCUUGAGUUUCUGCCCAUUGGUACCACGAGUUUGAUCCUGUUGUAGUUCUGUGAGUUCCAGCCCUGGACAGACAGGGAGGAGGGAUGGAAAGGGUGGGGGACACUGGCCAUGCAAUGUCCCUCUGCAGGGAUCGACUUGGACCCUCCUGGUGCUUUUGCAAAAGCUUUUGAGGGAAUGGUUCCCCCAGCAUCUCCACAGCUUCCUCUCCAUCUGUAACAGUGAACUUCUCCUGAUGUCCCACAGGCACUGGCCCAUGGGUCUGUUCUUAACCCUCCCCUUGUGCAUCACUGCAUUUGAAGCAAAAUCCUCAACAUUUGGGUCCAUCCCAAAUACUUCUUGGAUGCCCCCCCCUGGGCAGUUGCCUGUUGAUGCUCUUGGCUGUUGCUGGGCCUGGUGGGGUGCGAGGAUCAGUUUUGGGGUGGUGUUAGCUUGGGCUGAGCUGUGCCAAAGCUGUGGCUGCGUUAGGGCUGGACAGGGGAAGGUCCCCACACUCCUGUGCCACCUGAAGGUAGCUGAUGCUUUUUAGCUCCAUCCUGCUGCACGUGGAUGUGAAAUAGCACUUCUUCCAUCUGAUGUUGUGGUAUUUACAGCGACUCUGCUCUCAGCCUGGUUGUAAUAAAAUAAACAGCCUUGGGAAGGUGCAGCCAGAGGGAUCUAGGUCUGGGGUCUGCCUGGGGAACUGAGGGGAGGUUGGUUCUGUCCUGAGGGCCCGGCAGAACCCUUCACCAUCAGUUUCUGGGGGGGAUGGAGCAGAGCAGAUGAGAAACUGUCCUACAGAUGCUGGAGGUUUCACGUGGGCAACCCUGUCCUUCCUCUGCCAUCCUUCACCCCACAUCCGUGUUCCCCCAUCCUCCAGCCCCACCUCUCAUGGCAGGGGCAGCUUCCCCACCCUGCUUGCUGGGGGCUGGCGAGCCCUUUGCCAGGGAAUUCUCCCUACGGAAUCACGGUGGCUGCACAGCUGAAAUGGCUGUGUGCUGGAGGAGCAAACCCAGAUGUUUCCAUCCAUCUUCCAAGGGUGAAGGAGAGCAGGAGGAGCCAUCCCUGCCCUCUCUCCCCUUGGACAAUGCCACCGCUGUGGUGAUGGGGAUUUCAGCGUCCCAGACCCUUGGCUCUCUCACCUUCUCCCAGAGGAAUUCACAGCCUGACAAUAACUUAUUCCAAGGGCUAUAUGACAUCAUUCCUUCCUUCUUUCCAUCCUGCUGUCUCACCUGCCAUGUGCCCAUUCUGUCUCGUCACCAAGAGGUCUUUUUUACCCCCAAAUGGUCCGGUAACACCAGUACCUGGCUACACCAGAACUCGCACUGGGAUAAAUUAGCAUCCUUUUCCCAGUCCAUAUCUCUCCAUAGACCUGUCUGUGCUGUCCUAGGGAAGGUGCUGCACGCUGAGUGCAGAAAUUGUUGGAUUUUGUAUGAAAACGGCUGAGCUGAGCCUCUGAAAUCCCUGGGAACGGGAUUGUUUGGGGGCUGUCCAGCCCUGGGAGCUGGAGGGAUGCUGCUGCCUGUGCCACCCACAUCCUCCCUGUGGUCCAGAGGGAGGGAGCAUCCCACAGGGCUCUGCAGGUAAAGUAUUGCCAGAGAGAGGAAAAGGAGGAGAGUUGAAACCCCAGUUAGUCCUACAGAGAUAAGAGACUGGAGGAGUUGUAUAUAUGUUUUAAAAUCAGGAUUUUUUUUCCUUGUUAUUUUAUUUUGAUACCUCCUUGCUGUGUGUCUUUGGAUUUUUCGGACAUCUCUGGUGAAGAGCAGAUUUUGAAAUCCAAGUGCUAUAAAACCCAACCCAUCUCCAACUCCUACUGAGAUGCUCCUCUGACAUGAGGCAAGGACAUCCUGUACAUAGGAAUAUAUAUAUAGAAAUCUAUAUAUAAAAAUAUAAAUACUGUUCUUAAGAUGGAUAAUGUUUAUUGGUAUUACAGAUUGGAGUGGUGCUUUUUUUUUUUUUAAAUAAAAGAAAAUGACAAAAAAAAGGAAAAAAUUAAAACCCAAGAAAACCACCAAAUUGGAACAGUUUCGUCUGUAUGCAGUCAAAGUGAUCCUAAAAGCUGGCAGCAUCCCAGAGCUGGUGCCAAAGGGAUUUGGGGCCAUGAGGCAGCUCCACCAUGGAGGAGGAUGGAGCAGUGGGACCGAGGGAGGGACACGUCUGAUGUGGAUUGUACCACGCACAUCCAGCUGUUGUUAACUGGUUUUUUUUAUUAUUAUUAUUAUUAUUAUUAUUUUGUUAUAUUGUUUUUGGCUUUCUUUCCUUUUAAGAAAAUCAG